UUUUGUGCCUUUUAGGCAGGAAGUUAACCGCAAUUCUUGGAGUUUCAGAUUUCAUGUCUUACCGUCGAGAACUCAAAGCACUUGGCUACAUCCAGCGCGGCGAUGUGCUCCGCUUGAAAUCCUAUAUCCGCAAGCAUCGCCACUUGCGUUUAGACAAGCCCUUACCAGGAGGGCAGAGCCUUCUUCAUGCCGCCUGCGCCCUUGGUGACGAUGCAUGUGCCCUUCUACUGCUCCGCAAGGGGGCCGACCCUCUGCAGAGUGACAAGGCUGGCAACAAUGCUCUGCAUGUGGCAGCGAGAGAAGCGGAAAAGAAAGGCAGGAGCGUAUACACAGACCUGGUUGUCCCCAUACUCAGACGGUGUCCCCAGGCUAUAAAUGUCCCGAACUUUCAGGGUACAACACCUCGUGACAUCCUGCGAAGGGCAGAGGACCUCAUGGAGGCAGAUUCCAUACAAGCUCUCUCUUCUAUUCGGUCAUCCAGUGAUCGUUCCGCAACGGAGGACGCAGUUUGGCAGCAGAAACUUCUGGCAGAGAGUAUGGAUGAAUAUCAGGAGGUGUUCGGACAGUAUGAUGAUGACUUUGUGGACACUCCCCCUGAGGAGGAAACUUUUGAGUCCUGGGCAGAUCGUAUUUCUCAAGAAUACAGAGCAAGACGGCGGAAAGCAGAGGAACCCAAUACGCGGAAAAAACCUGCGCCAGCAGCAAACACUGCAAGAGAAGAUGCAGAGCAAAAGUACUUGGAGCAGAGGCAACGUAUGGAGGCUGAGCUCCGGCAGGUGCAGAAAACACGAUAUCAGAGUAGGUGUGAACAGGUUUUUGGGAAAGUGAGCACAACUGGAAAAAAUGGCACAGAGCAAGAAGACAGCAGUGAAACCGGAGUCAACAGGAAAGGAGAAGACAGUGAGGAUAGGGCAGCAGCCUCUGGCACCCGGUUAUUGGGGUACAGUGACAUUCCUUGGCCACUACCACAUGGCACUGCAGAGCAGAUGGCUCAAUCCAUAGCAAGGGGCUCUGACUCCUCCAAUAGCGCCACAUAUAAGCGCUACCUGAGAGCGCAGCAGGUGACCUGGCACCCUGACCGUUUCCUGCAGAGGUGUGGGGGGCGUUUACGAGAGGGUGACCGGGAACGGGUGCUAAGGACUGUUACUGCUUUGUCACAGGAGCUUAAUCGACUGGCUGAGCUGGCAAAGUAACCCACAGAUUAGGACUGCAGAAUGUCUCCAAUACUGAACCCCUCGUAUUUUUCGUAAUCCUGAAUCCCUUCUCUUUGUUCUCUACUUCCUCUAAUCUCUUAUUUCUUUAUUUCUCUCUAUCUUUCACGCUCACCCUUUGUCUCUCCUCUUUCUUUUUUUUUCUCUCCUCUCUCUUCUUUUUUCUUCUCUUUUUCUUGCUCUCUCUCCUUUUUUUCUCUCCUCCUCCCUUUUCUCUCUCAUUUUGUAUUUUUCCUCUAUCUUUCUCUUUUACUGCUCAUUCCUCUCCCACUCUUGCUUCAGUCUGUUUGUAUCACUCUUCCUCUCUCUUGUUUACUUGUUAAAGGGACAUUAAAAUAAUAAAGUUUCACUUGUAUUCCCUUUAA